CAGAAACUGUAUCUAUACAGCUGUGAUUCGCCACUGGAAUCAAUCACGGAAAGCUAUCUUAAAUACGAAGGGAGUCACGCGACUCUAUAGUCUUCACUCAUCUUUCGGCUUUCAGCCGGGCUAGACGUCUACUACCUAGCCUCCUCCGGACCAAGCAGAAAGGGGCAGAACCCUACUUCGAAAAGAAUUGAAGAAAAUAUACUUCUGCUGACAUUCACACAGUUUGCCUGAGCGUCGUCAAAGAAAUUUCCUUGGUUACAGACUUCAAGUUUCUUAUUGCGCUUGAUAUAUUAAAGAAAAGCGGGAGAGAUCCACCAACACUUACCGGAGUGGGAAGGUGAUGGAAGCGAGGGGGAACAAGAUGCUGGCUUGGAUGUUGCUGACCGCAUCGGUGGUUUACCUUCACAUCGUCCACAUUCAGGGUCUCCAGAUGGACUACCACUCAGAAAUGUCCUUAAUAUCCGCCUCCACUGACUAUCGAGUGAUAUCCGCUGCAAGCACCUGUGCCUGUCGUGUGCAGUGUCUUAAAGAAGUACAGUGCACUGCUGUUACGGUGAAGACGGAUUACAGCACAGGGAUGACCAACUGUUCAUUUACAAACAGGACCUACUUGACCUCUGCUGACCUGUACUCAUCUGGAACCGCAAUCACAUGGAUUAAACCAGGAGUAUACAAACAAUUUACAACAACUACCCCGGCAACAACCACUUCGACAACAACCACCACUACCACCACCACUCCAACUACAACUUCUACUUCAAUACAACCACCACUCCAACUACAACUUCUACUUCAACUACUUCUAACUUCAACUACAACUUCUACUUCAACUACAACUUCUACUUCAACUACAACCUCCACUCCAACUACAACUUCUACUUUCAGUUACAAUCUACUUCAACUACAACCUCCAUUCAACUACAACACGCCAUCCAAUAACAGUCGGUUGCGGUUACAAGUUUCUUUAGUGUGCAAAAGUCAUUCAAUAUAA